CCUUAAUUUGUCUAUCCGGCCGUUAAAUUCCUGCGGUCACCCUUAAUUUCCAGCUUUUCUCCCUUCAAAUAUAUAUAUAUAAUUUAAUCUCGUUUUUGGCACACUAAUCAGAUCGAUUCCGAUAUAGUAAAAGGCCUCCUUAAUUCCUCCUCGAGUUCACACACCCAUUUGUCUUAUCCUUAUCAUAUCUCUUCUAUAAAUUCAUUAUACUCUGCCCUCUCUCUGCCUCACAAUCUUAUCCUAGCUAUAUACCGUUGUAUUAAAAAAAAUCAAAGAUGGCCAAGAUCGCCACCCUGUUGAUGGUCGCCCUCAUCCUCUGCUCCACGCUGACCUACGCUGCCCGUCCAAACUCAGCUUUUUCUGGGGCAAUUCUAGCGGAAACCCAGCAUGGGGGCGGUAAGGGAGCAGAUCAUGGUGAUGAUCAUGAGCUGGAAAAUAUUGAGAGCUGUAAAGGAAUUGGGGCGGAGGAAUGCUUGGCGAGGAGGACGUUGGCUGCUCACAUCGACUAUAUCUACACCCAGAACAAGGGACAUUAACCAUGAAAUUAUCUACUUAUAAAAAAUAAUAAAAAGUAAUAAUAUUAAUGCUUGUUGCUGGUAAUUAAUAUGAUAUUUCAUGUUUCCUAUAUAUUUGUUUUAUUUUUCUUUUCCUAUGACACCCCUGCUCAUCGGCUCAUGAGCAAAAGUUUCUUUUUUGUAUGAAAUGGGAUGUCAUUUGAUUGCAACAUUUGACCCAUUCAUGAAGAUAAUCUCUGUCUGCGUUCAUGAUAAAUGAAUUGCCGGUUUGCAGUUUUGGUGUCUGUAUAGACUGUAUAUAUAUAUAUCUAAAUAUAUUUUGUUUUUCAUCA